AUGGAUGGAGCGCAUGCACUGCUGCCGCCGUUUGCUUCCUAUCCUGACGUGAAGCGUUCGACUGUGACGCUGUCUUGGGGACUCUUGCUGCUGCUUGCUGCUGCUAUUGCUGCUACUGUUCCUGCUGCUCCUGCUGCUCCUCCUGCUCCUGCUGCUGCUCCUGCUGCUGCUGCUGCUGCUGCAGCAGCAGCAGCAAAGCGUUCUCCGGAUACGUCUUCGUCUCCAUCAUCAUCCUCAGCAGCAAGAUCAAGAACAGCAGCAGCAGCAACAGCAGCAACAGCAGCAGCAGCAGCAGCAGCAGCAGCAGCAGCAGCUCCUCCUGCUGCAUUUGGUUUGUUUCAGCUGCAGUUCGACUGUGACGCUGUCUUGGGGACUCUUGCUGCUGCUGCUCGCCGCUUUCUUGUUGUUGCUGCUGAGGCAGCAGCAGUAGCAGCAAUCCAGGAUGAAGAGAUACCGCCCCCCUACUCCCUGCACAGGCUGCUGCAGCAGAACCUGCAGCAGCAGCAGCAGCAGCAGCAGCAGCAGCAGCAGCAGCAGCAGCGGGGGUUGCCGCGUCUGGUUAAGAAACUUAUUAAACAACCCACGAGGGUCAUCUGUAUACCUUAUGCUCUCAAAAACGUAGAUGCUGCAGAGCAGCAGCAGCAGCAGCAGCAGCAGCAGCAGCAGCAGCAGCAGCAGAAGCAGCAGAAGCAGAAGCAAAAACAAAAGCAGGUCUCACCAUAUAUCAACGAAGACAGCGGGACCCCUGAUCUCCUUGACGACUGGCAGCAGCAGCAGCAGCAGCAGCAGCAGCAGCAGCAGCAGCAGCAGGAAGAAGAGGAGGAGACAGACGCAGCUCUACCCCUCAGCAGCAGCAUCGCAAAAGCAUGGGGGGGAAUGAUUGCUGCUGCAGCAGACGCAAUAGGUGUGAAGGCCCCCGAGGGAGUUGCUGCUUGGGUGCAGCAGCAGGCGCAGCUGCUGCUGCCAGCAGACGACAGCAGCAGCAGCAGCAGCAGCAGCAGCAGCAGCAGCAACUGCAGCAGCAACAACAGCAACGGCAGCAGCAACACCGAACACGAAUGGGCUGCUGCUUCUGAGCAGCCCUGGAGCAGCAACACCCCCCCAACUACCACCAGCAGCAGCAGCAGCAGCAGCAGCAACAGCAGCAGCAGCAGCAGCAGCAGCAGCAGCAGCAAUGCUACAAAUGCAGCAGCAUCUCGUCGUGGUUUAGCUGCAGAGAGAGACAGCAGAGUGCACAGCCAGAGCUGGCCCGCUGUAUCUCACCAUCACCAGCAGCAGCAGCAGCAGCAGCAGCAGCAGCAGCAGCAGCAGCAGCAGCAGCAGGAGCAGCAGUUCUUCUCCUCUGCAGCCUCCUCCUCCUCUUCUGCUGCUGCUGCUGCUGCUGCUGCUGCUGCUUCAGCUCACGCGCUCGCUGCAGCGGCAGCAGCAGCAGCGGCCGCAGCAGCAGCAGCAGCAGCAGCAGCAGCAGCAGCAGCAGGGACAGCAGCAGCAGGGGCAGGGACAGCAGCAGCAGAAGGGACAGCAGCAGCAGGAUGA